AAUUUGGCGCCCCUUUUGUCGUCGUCCCUCUGCCCAGCGAGUCCGUCCCGUCCAUCCAUGCGGCGUCGCCACCUCCGCUUUAUAUAAGACGUUCCCCAACCCCUCAGGUCCUCACUACAUAUCCUUUCCUCACCUUCUCGUCUUCUCCUCUUCUGCUGUUCCUGUUCCGAGAAAGCUUCCUAACAUGGCAGUGCAAGCGCAAUUCGGCGGGGUCACCGGGUGCUUGGCCGAGGAGCAGGUGCGGGCGCUCAGGGACUACGGCGUCACCGCGGGCAACACUGGGUACGGGUGCCAGUACAACUGCGCCGGCGUGGUCAGCGGCGCGCAGAGCGAGCUGACCUGUAAUACUGGUGGUGGGGUGGUGAAAUCGUGGAAGCGCGGCAGGGAGGUCGAGCCCGAGCAGUACGUGUCGACCUCGACGGCGGCGUUGCUGCCGAUCCCGGGGAUGCAUAUGGCGGCUGUUGUGCAGCAGGCGCUGACGCCGGUGGUCGCGGCGAGCCGGAUGGUGGAGUCGGCGAUGACGUCGACCAGCGGGGGGACCGCAGCGGCAUCGGCGUCGGUGGCGGACGCGUUGGUGUUGGAGCUAUGCCAGCAGGGGGCCGAGGUCGACGCGCUCGUGUGGGCCGAGUGCGAGCGGCUGCGCGCGGGGCUAGAGCAUGCGCGUAAGCGGCAGCGCCAGGCGGUGGCGCGGGCCGCCGCGGGCGCCGCGGCGCGCAUGCUGCGGGAGAAGGAGACGGAAUUGGACGCCGUGCGCCGGCUCGCCGCGGACCUCGAGGAGCGGCUCCGGCAGGCGGCCGCCGAGAGCCAGGCGUGGUGCGGCCUCGCGCGCAGCAACGAGGCCGUCGCCGCGGGGCUCCAAGCCACGCUCGACCACGUCCUCCUGCGCGGCGGCGGCGGUUGCCCCGCUUCCGCUGAGGGCUUCGGCGAGUCCGACCCCACCUUCUCCCCGGCCGCCGCGGACGACGCGCAGUCCUGUUGCUUCGAGGCCAAGGACGCGCCGGUCACCAAGUGGUCCUGCAAGGCGUGCGGCGAGCUCGAGGCGUCAGUGCUGCUGCUGCCGUGCCGGCACCUGUGCCUGUGCAAGGCGUGCGAGCCCAGGCUAGACGUUUGCCCCGUCUGCCUCGCCGCCAAGAAUGCGUCCAUCCACAUCGCCGCCAACUGAUCCGACCUCUUCGCCGCCACCGUCCAUGUCGUGUCUGGGCUCCGCCGAUCUCGCUAGCUAAAUCCAGCUGCUAAGUAAUUAGUAGGUUCCUAGAUUGGACCAAUUAAUCCCGUUCGUUCUGUUCUUUUUCUUCUGGGGUGAUGCCGCUGUAAAAUUCAAGGCCGGGCCGGGUGGAAGAUCUCACCGUCUCCUCUUUUGGUAGAAGUGGAUGCAAGGUCAACUAUUUCCAUUUU